AGUGGCGGCGCGGCUCGGCAGCGCCCCCUCCCUUCUCUCUCAUUGCCCCCCCUCCCGCCCCCUCCCCAGCUCCUUCUCCAUCCUCAGGUCCAAGAUGGCGGCGGCGGCAGCUCCUCCGGCUGCAUCUCCGCCUCCCCCUUCUCCGGCAGGCCCGUGCUGCCCGGGCUCGUGGCCUAACUUCGCCGUCGUCUGCUCCUUUCUCGAGCGUUACGGGGCCUUGCUGGACCUGCCCGAGCUGCCCUUCCCCGAGCUGGAGCGCGUCCUGCAGCCGCCCCAAGAGCCUGGAGACCAGGUUCCCAAAGAAUUGGUGGAGCUUCACUUGAAACUGAUGAGAAAGAUUGGGAAGUCUGUCACAGCGGACAGAUGGGAAAAAUAUUUGAUCAAGAUAUGCCAAGAAUUCAACAGCACUUGGGCUUGGGAGAUGGAAAAAAAAGGAUACCUAGAAAUGAGUGUUGAAUGCAAACUGGGGAUUCUGAAGUAUCUCUGUGAAUGUCAGUUUGAUGACAAUCUGAAGUUUAAGAAUAUAAUUAACGAGGAGGAUGCUGAUGCCAUGCGUCUCCAGCCCAUUGGCCGAGACAAGGAUGGGCUGAUGUAUUGGUACCAGCUGGACCAAGAGCAUAAUGUCAGGAUGUACAUAGAAGAACAGGAUGACCAGGAUGGAUCCACGUGGAAGUGCAUUGUUAGAAACCGCAACGAGCUUGCCGAGACCCUUGAGCUCUUGAAAGCACAAAUUGAUCCAGCCCUGUUGAAACCCAACAAUUCUCAGCAGGAGAAUUCAUCACGUGAAAGCCCAAGCAUAGACGAAGAAGAUGCCAAGAAGGGUGAAGAAGCAUCUACACAAGAAAGUCAAGUAAAAGUCAGAGAGGAAAAAGAGGUGGUGGAGGAACAGUCGGUGGAAUCGGAAAGCCUUCCUCCUCCUGUGGUCAAAGAAGAUGAAACUCUGCUGAAAACAGAGAAAGUGGAGGAGAAAGAAAUCAUAAAAUUGCCAGUAAUAGUAAAAUUAGAGAAACCUUCAGAAUACAGUGAAGAAAAGCAAACUGUCAAAGAAGAAAGCGACUCCUUUAAAGAAAACGUCAAGCCGGUUAAAGUAGAGGUGAAGGAAAACAAAAUAGACUCAAAAGACUUAAAAGAAGUCAAAAGUUGUACAGACAAAAUAGUUCAUGAGCCAGAGAGGUUAGAAUUUUGUGUUAAUGUUAAAACUCCUCAAGAAAUCAUGGAGAAAUCUGUGGAAGAAAGUGAGAAACUGAAAAAUGACCAGCAGGCAAAAAUACCGCUUAAAAAGCGAGAGAUCAAGCUGACAGAUGACUACGACAGCCCAAUAAAGGGGCCCCUGUGUAAAUGUGUUACUCCAACAAAAGAUGUCUUGAAGGAAGAAGGGAAACCAGAAGAAGAAGCUUUUAAGAGAGUCCCUACAAUUACUGCUUUAUGUCCUGAAGGGAAAGUGCUGGUCAAUGGAGAGGUUAGCUGUGAAAAAAUAACGCCGAGCGUCAUACAGAACAACAAGUCGGAACACUCAGCUGGCCUGAAGGAAGAGAGCAGCUCACUGAAAGAGAAAAAUGGGAACAGUGGGGAGAAGGGGUCAGACUCACUAAAUUCUGUUAGUAAAAUUAUCAAAGCCUGUGAGGCUGAGAAAAAUGCAGUAGCUGUGGUAAAGGAAACAGGGGCUGUGGUCUCUGAGGUUUCUAAUCAGAAAGUGCCUUUAAAGGAGGAAUCUAGUCCUGUGGAAAAAGAGUCCCUUGACAGCACGACUACUGAAACAAUAGUGGAAGAGUCUUCAAGUGCUGAAGACUGUGCCAAAACAACUGAAGAUAAAGUAGCCAUGGACAUCCAAAAGGACAGACUGCCGCCACCCAAAGAAUGUUUAGAGAAGCUAGAGAAGUCCACGAAUGCAUCUGCUCCUGCAGAACUGCCCCAGCUUGCACUGACCGAUGAAGAGACUUUGAAAAGUAAAGAUGAAUCUGAGGAGAAACCUAAUUCUCCAAAAGCUGCUGAGAUACCCCCUGCAUCUACUUCUCCUGCUACUUUAGAGAAACCUGGUUUGGAAAAGGAGGAUUCUGAUAGUAAAGCAACUCUACCCGAGGAGAGCAAAGCAGAAGAAAAACCCGGCCCUGAAAAACAGGAGGAAGAGCCAGAAGCUGCUAAGACAGAGCCAGAUAGGUUAGAUGAUGCCCAUGCUUCUAAUCUAGAGGACUCUUCAGAGAGUAAAAAGGAAUCUCCAGUACCUAAAAGCAAAUAUAAGUAUAAGCUAGUUUCUGAAGAAGAAAGUUGUGAAGCAGCCAAUAAAGAAAUAACUUCUGAAAGACAGAAAGAAGGAAUUAAAUUAACAAUCCGGAUCUCCAGUCGGAAGAGAAAGGCAGAAACACCGCCAGAAGAGGUCAGCAUUGGCCGCACCUUGAGGCGCUCUCCGAGAAUAUCCAAGCCUACUCCCAAAGUUGUGGAGACUCGGGAUCAGAAACCUGACAAAAAACGACCUGAAGAGGAAGAGGAGAAACCUGCAGCAGCACAAAAACACGAGCGGAAAGAAGAUGCAAAAAAACACGAGAAGGAGGCAAAUUCUAAGGUCAACAAGAGAAGCAAAGUGCGGUGGACGGGUACACGAACACGUGGCAGGUGGAAAUACUCAAGUAAUGAAGAAAGUGAGGACUCAGAGAGUGAAAAAAACUCUGAGGAGGAGGAGGAAGAGGAGGAGGAGGAGGAAGAAGAAGCUGCACCAGCUGAUGACGAUGAGCCGUGCAAGAAAUGUGGCCUUCCCAAUCACCCCGAGCUGAUUUUGCUGUGUGACUCAUGUGACAGUGGAUACCACACAGCCUGCCUUCGCCCUCCUUUGAUGAUAAUCCCUGAUGGAGAGUGGUUCUGCCCACCUUGCCAGCAUAAAUUGCUCUGUGAGAAAUUAGAAGAACAAUUGCAAGAUCUGGAUGUUGUUUUGAAAAAGAAGGAACGUGCAGAACGCAGAAAAGAGCGAUUGGUGUAUGUGGGUAUCAGUAUUGAGAACAUCAUUCCACCUCAGGAACCAGAAAUACCUGAAGGUCAGGAAGAAAAGAAGAAAGAUUCCAAAAAGCCCAAAUCAAAGCUGCUUGAAAGGAGGUCUACCAGAACCCGAAAGUGCAUAAGCUACAGGUUUGAUGAAUUUGAUGAGGCGAUUGAUGAGGCAAUUGAAGAUGAUAUCAAGGAGGCUGAUGGAGGAGGCAUUGGCAGGGGGAAAGACAUGUCUAAUAUCACAGGUCACCGUGGAAAAGACAUUUCCACAAUCCUGGAGGAGGAAAGGAAAGAAAACAAACGACCUCAAAGGGCUGCUGCAGCACGGCGCAAGAAACGACGGCGACUAAAUGACCUGGAUAGCGACAGUAACCUGGAUGAGGAGGAGAGUGAGGAUGAAUUCAAGAUCAGUGAUGGAUCUCAGGAUGAGUUUGUUAUAUCAGAGGAGAAUCUGGAUGAAAGUGAAGAUGAGCCACCAUCAAAUGAAGACAGCGACUCAGAGUUCUGUGCCCGCAUAUCCAGGCGACACCACUCCAGGCCCAUGAGGCAAAGCAGGCGGCUACGAAGGAAAACAGCCAAGAAAAAAUACUCUGAAGAUGAUGAAGAGGAAGAAUCUGAGGACAAUUCAAGCAGAGAAUCUGAGAGUGGAGAUUACACAGACUACAGCGAUGAUGAUUACCUGGAAACCAGGAGGAGAAGAUCAAGACGGAAUCAGAAGAGACAAGUGAAUUAUAAGGAAGAUUCAGAAAGCGAUGGCUCGCAGAAAAGCGUGCGAUACGGCAAGGAGCUAAGAAGAGUUCAUAAACGCAGGCUCUCCACUUCAGAUAGUGAAGAGAGCUACGCGUCCAAGAAUUCCGAGGAUGAUGAGUCCACAAAGAGGUCGAAGAGGCUGAUCCGAAAGCGUCGGCGAAGCACAGAGGACUAUUCUGAGGAAGAAGGAGGGGCUGCGGAAGAGGGAGGGAGGCCUGUCCGCAAGCGGCUGAAUCGGAUCGAAACAGACGAAGAAGACACCUGCGAGAAUGCCACCGAGGAGGCGGAGAACCCCGCUCCUGCUAAUAAGCUGCCAGCUGCUGCACAGGCUCCUCCGGACGCCACCAAGAAGCACUGCUACCGGAUAGAAAGUGAUGACGAAGAUGACUUUGAUAACGUAGGGAAAGUAGAGAGCCCUUUGGACUACAGCCUGGUGGAUUUGCCUUCCACCAAUGGACAGAGCCCAGGUAAAACCAUUGAGAACUUGAUUGGCAAGCCAAGCGAGAAGACCCAGGCCCCCAAGGACAGCACAGCCAGCGCCAGCCUGGCGCCCAACGGGACGGGGAGCGGGCAGGAGGCGGUAGGGCCGGAGGAAGAUGAAGAUGAACUUUUGAGAGUGACUGACCUUGUUGAUUACGUCUGUAACAGUGAACAGUUAUAAGACUUCCAUUUUUGUGCUAAUUUAUUCCACGGUAGCUCAUACCAGCGGGCCAGUUAUUAAAAGCUGUUUUAUUUUUCCUAGAAAAUUCUCCACUACAGUAUCACUUUUUAGAAGCAAGAAUUUCACCAGUCCUGCAGUCUUUCUGUGAAGUGACCAGUUUUGAACUUUGAAGAUGAAUUGCUGUAAAUUCCCCUCUCUUACCUGCCCCCCCACCCUUUCUCCUUCCAAGUCCAUGGUCCUGGGUAAUUUCACUCACAAAAACCUUAUAACAACAAGAGAUUUGUAUAUUUUUGACUUUAUAUUUCCUGAGUGCAUACAAAUUUGUGGAAAUGGGUGGCCUAAGAAAGCAUUCCAAAUUGGUCAGGGCCCAAACCAGAACUGGGGUGGGUUUGGCUCAAGGGGUGGGGUUGGGGGGGGGUGUGCAGAAGCACUUGUGCUUUAGCUUUUUUCAUAUGAGAUAUAUAUUAUAUUUAAAUGUUCACAACUUAGAUUACAAAUUAACAGACAGUUAAAAGAAAUUAAUGUCUGUACUGUCGCAUUUUGUGAGUUGUAGGUUAACAUACCAUAGCUCAUUUUAGUAAAUCACCUUCAUGGAAGCAGUUUGAUUUUAAUACUGGAGGCAAAGAGAAUUAUUAGAGGCCAAGAAGGUACCAUAAACAAGAACUCUACUAUCCACUAUGACUUGCAGACUUUCCUAAUAAACAUCCUUUAAAGUGUUUGUACAGUGAAGUGUACUGUAAUGAAGUUCUUGACAGUCCAAACACGCUAGCCACCGGUUUCUAAAGCCCUCUCGUGUAGCCCAUCAGACGCUCUCCAAUGUAUGGCGUCUAGCGGGACGACAUCUCUAUCUGAAGCUCAGUCUGUAAGCUGGAUGGCAUCUUGACGUGCUGCGGACUCGUACAGACUAAAAACAACCAACCAACCACAACCCUGCAGUUGCUGCCUGGCCACUUGAGUUCCACCAUCUGUUGGGAGCAUUGUGAAUGAAAUCUGUUUGUACAAACAGCAUCGACCGGAGAGCAACAGCGCACCAGAGGAUGAAUCCGAUAAACCAUGACUGGUCCAUUCAUGUCCUUAAAUAUCUACUUCAAAUUGAAGUAAACAAAUGGAACAGUUUUCCUUUUGGAGGUUUUCUGUUUGGGGUUUGUGUGUGGGGUUUGGGCUUGUUUUGGGGUUGUUUUUUUUUGUGUUGGUGUGGUUUGGUUUUGAUUUGAUUUUACUUAUCUGCCUGGAUGUAUCAGCAGGUUUUGAAUGUAGUGUUGGCCUUUGGCCAGUAGAGUUUUCUUAAAAUACAUUUUAAUAAUUGUCCUGUGACCAACUGAUUUCAAGAAGGCAGUAUUUCUGAGAGAAAACACUUGACUCCAAGACAUCUCAUCGCUCUUGGAGUGGGCACAAAGUGCUGGCUGCUUUUAUUCAAGAUAAAAAAAGGUGACAAAAGCAAAACCACCACCAAGACGGGGCACAUAGCAGAGCCGAAAUGUUGUUUGGGUAGCAUUCGGUUUUCUCUUCACUCUGAAUUAAGAUGCAGGCUGUGAAAUUUGUCCAUGUUUUAGCACACAGACAGCUCAGACAGAUCUGCCAAACGUUGAAAUCCAAAAAGGUCACAUCUCUGGAUCCUUUUUGCUCCGAGAUUUGGAUUUUUGAGUGGUGUUUAUGUCCGUUGCCGGCAAUGGAUGCACCAAAACUGCUGCUGCUGCCACCAAGGAGUGAGUUCUCCUUUCCUGCCCCACCUGAUUCCCUUCCAUUAUGUUCUAUUUUCUAGUCAGUCAUUAAGCACUUCUCUCGUGAUAAAACUGGCAUUAGGCCUUUGCUAAAUACCUCUCUAGAAAACCUAGAUCCAAAAAAGUUACCUAACUUCUGGCCUUGAAAGUCUUGGCUUUGUUUCCCCUCCUCUUUGUCCACAAGUUCUAUCAGAACCACUCCGCAAUUCUUUUGGGUUCUAGCAGUGUGUUUGCCCUGCUUUACAACAAGAAUCUGCAGAGACACAUAAAGAUGGAGCUUGCUCAUUAUCUGCUGUGCUAAGCAAGCUGGUGAUUUAACAGACUGAGAAAUCACUCUUUCAAAGUGAGAACUUAAUUCCAUCAAACAUUGAAUAGUUUUCCACCAUGAACUAUUAAGUUUUCAUGAGCAGGUGUUGAAACAGGGUAGUGAAAACCUGCAAAGGGGUAGAAUUGAGCUCUUAAAAGCCCGUUCAGUGUUUUAAGCCACUGUUUUCCUUUGCUUAGGUGAGGCAUAGACAUAGUGUUGCUACAUUUCUGAUACUUUUGUCUUUAAAACAAGAACAUUUGGCUUCCUCUUUGCAGUGUUAGUAGCUGCUGAGCAUUUUCAAG